UAUAAAACAGCGGACGCUCCCGAACAUUGACGUAUACCGCCAAACGCGAUCGCCCGAGUCGUAUACCGCGGAAAAGCAACAAAAAAAAAAAAAAAAAUGCCGUUCAAAGGGAUUUCGGUGAGAGGGAUUUCGGUCAUCCUGGCGUCAGUGGCGAUCGUUUCUAACAAGGUCCACUGCACGCCCACCUGUGGCGUCCCAGGGACCGACACGGUCGGGUCCACGACACCGUUUUCGACGAAUUUGCCCGUCCCGAGUGCGCGCUCUACGCUCAAUGCUGAAAUGUUGGACGUCCUCAAAAACUUCCACUCGUCGUUACCGGGUCAGAAAACGCCGGCCGCGGAAACCGGUGCCACUUCAUCGCCUUUGGCAAGCGAUCAGAUUUCGAUUAUGCAUUUCCCCGCGGCGACCGGGUCCGCCGACGGCGCAACACCCAAUCUCAUGGUCCCGGGUGUGGUCCACAAACGACCGUUCGGCCCCGACAUGCGAAUGCCCGACAUCGGCUACAACCUGCAGAAGGCCGAACCUUCGAUGCAGUCGCAAGGACCCGUCGGAAAUCCUCUUCCGGUUCCGCCGCCUGCUCCUGCGCCCGCGACAGACCGACUACAUUCGUCGUCCGUCGCCAUUUCACAGUCGUCCCGUUCCCCCGUCCCGGCCCAGGUGAAAAUAGAACCCGCCAGUCACAAUAAUUACAACCAAGAACUGAUAAAACUGUUGACCGAUAUGCGGAUCAGUCCCAUUUCACUGCAAGACCCGCCUGCGACCCAGGGUCAAAACCAAAUGCUCGCCAACGGUCAUCCGACCACUCAUCCCGCGCAAACUCUCCCAAAUCUCUCUCCCGGCGCGUCGUCCUCCAAAGACGCGCAACCGUUUCUCGGCCCGAACCAGACGCCGUUAGACUAUUUAUUGAGUUCGUCGCACCAAUUGAACACCACACCCGGUUAUUCUAAGCCGAGUACCGAUACAAACACGGCUAAACCACCACCGACCACCAAGCCACGUCUAAACUAUGAAUUUAUAAAAUAUUUACUGACUUUACCUAUGUACCAACAAGCUUUAUACGAUUUAAUUAAAUCUCAGUCUUCAGUUCCAACGUGAAUAUUUAAUUAAAACAUUUAUCUAAUAUACGAACGAGUAAAACAUAAUAAUUAUUAGAUUUACAAUAUUAUUUAAUCGUUGUGACAUUUUCUUGUUAAUUUAUUUAAUAGUCAAUAUUACGUCCUAUGUCAUCUGUUUUAUUUUUAGCUAUUUUAUAAUUUGUUUUAUCAUAGUCUAUUUAAUUAUUAUUAACUUAUACCUAAUUUUGUUAAUUGUCGUUUAUAUUUAUAAAUAAAUAUUAAAUAUAUGUAAUAGACAAUACUGUUGAAACGAAAAUCAUUUACCUAUUGGCUACUAUUAUAAAGUGAAUUAGUGAAAUAUAAUGUAAAUACCUAGUCCUAGGUA